AUGGAGCAAGUUAGUUCGAGGAGUUACUGGGAUUUAUGCAAGACGUCUCUUUCGGUAAAUUUCAAGCCACGGAGAACAUGGCUGGGGAAGACAUGGAUAUUGGCAAUCCGUAAUCAAAGUGGCGUAACAAUACCAUUUCUGAGAGAAUCUUUCACAAGGGAUAGAAAACUUCAAGAUAUUCGAAAUUGGAUGACGUAUAGAAUGAGUUCUGAAAGUUCACCUUCGCAUAUGGGGGUGUGGGCAGCUUCAGCUUUUAGUCAGCCUGGGCUUCUGAACAACUCGAGCUUUCAUAGAUGCAGCUAUUUGAAGAUUUUUUACGGAGAAUGGAUCUUCGGAAGGUUCGAAAACAUCGUGGACCUCAAGGGCCUUAAAAUGAAGGUCACGUGCUUAGAGCGCUUGCCAUUUGAGGCAUCCAAAGCAGUGCUGGCGAUAGAUCGAUCCGAUUCGUGGAUCGAUCCGAAUCCACGCUAUCCUGAAUCUGGAUUGGAUCCUCGAAUCAAUUCAUAG